CGAUGGCAAACAUGUUGUGGAACAACUGACCGUGAUCAUUGCAAGCAGCGCAGCAUGAGAGGAUGUUGUAAGCUUUUACGAUAUGUGAAUAGAUGUGUUCUGAUGGAAGAAACCCGAUAAAGCAAUGAAAUGUGAAACAGCAUGAAGGCAUCUGAUUGUCAAGUUCCAGUCACUUGAUGCGCGCUGGAUCCAGGACCAACGACAGGAUGAACUGAGACAUUACGCGCAAGCGGUUGCCACGGGGGAGCGUUAGGUUUGACCUCUGUGGAAAUCAUUUCUGGGACAAACAACUCAGUGCGGAUGUAUCAAUGAAGAAUGUGACUGCAUCGGACUCUCUCCAAACGGGGUGGAUGAAGCCCUCGGCGGUGUCAUGCGUCUUGCCCCGCAGCCAAGCGCGCGACCCUUGCGGCUCAUAGUUCUGCUUCUCCUCACCGCGGGGGUGAACACAUCCCCGGUGCUGUCUUCGGGCUGCCCGGACAAGUGUGUGUGUGAUGACCAGCUGGUGGUUCAGUGCGCUGGGCAGCACCUUACCACCUUCCCGGUCAACUUGCCGCUGGCCACAAGGCAGCUCAUCAUCUCCAACAACCGCAUAGUGGAGCUGCCGCCGCUCGCGCUCAACUACCUCUCCGACCUGGUGUACCUGGACUGCAGCAACAACUCCCUGACGGAGAUAUCCGAGUCCACGUUUGGGAAUCUACGGAAGCUGGCCUACCUGGACCUUUCCUUCAACACCUUGAUCCGGAUCGAGGACAGGACGUUCGGCCCCUUGACGAGCCUGGUGAUGCUGAGGAUGACCGACAAUCCGGGGCUCUCGGAGAUUCACACGGACGCCUUUGCGGAAAACGCGGCCCUUCAGGUGCUGGAUGUCAGUCGGAACAAUCUGACCAUCCUCAACAUCACCUCCCUGAUCGCGCUGCCCUCCCUGCGCUCGGUGGGACUGAGCGGGAACCCCUGGAGCUGCGAGUGCGACAACGAAGACUUGUGCCUGUGGGUCCACUUGGAGGGCUUCAAGUUCCAAGAUGAGGGCCUUACGGUGUGUGGCUCACCUGCUGACAUGCAGGGCCGUCGUCUGGGUGAGGUGGGCAUCCAGCUGCGGACGUUAUGUCACCAGACUCUGGGCUCCUGGGACUACCUUUUCUUUGUAGUCAUCGGCUUUGUCAUCUUUGCUGCCGGCACUGUGUCGGCCUGGGUGAUGGGUGUCAUUAUGGUGCUCUAUGAGCGCUACAUCAAGAAGAAGGAUGAACAGCUGGAUGUGGAUGACGAGGAUGGAACCAGUGCAACGGGUGGUACCUCGCGGGUCAGGAGUGACCAUGGCAACGGGAAUUUGAAAACGUCACACACUGUUUAAAAGAUUUAAUGCCACUCUGCCCGCCAUGGAUUCCCACAGUGCCUCCUGACAGCUUCCAGGACCAUCUAGUGAUACUCCAGUCAAGUGGAGUCUGUCCAGCUCCGAAAGAGAAAAAGAAAUGAUUCAAGAGAGAUGAGGAAUGUCAUUCUUCUAAUUUGUAGUGGGCUUUCAGUUGACAUAACACACUCUGGCUGCCUUUGUAGAGGUCCUGAGCCCUUGGGUAUUACUUACCAUGUAUGCAAAUGUAUGGCUUUUCUAUAAUGGUUUCUAUAUUACUUGGUAAUAUUUGAGUGUGAUGUGGUUAUACAGGGUGUCAAAAGAGCUUAUAUUAGUCAUUCUGGUUAUCUUGGAAGCAUCAGCAUAAUAUCAGCACAUGCUCAUUUUGGCUUGUGUACCAGUAUCAACGGUCACAUUUACCAGCUCAAGUUUCACAUUUUGGGAACUUAAUUUUAUCACUUUUUGCCAAGAUUUAGAUGAGAGGAUUGAUCCCACUCUCAUGCCUGCCCGUUAAAUAUGAAGCUAAUAGCCAUAGACUGUUCGUUUAGAUUAGCAUUAAAACUGAAAACAGGGGGAAACAGCUAGCCUGCUGCCUCUGUUGAAAGUUAACUAUAUCCACCUAUCAGCACUUCAUUACUUGUUAUAUCUUGUAUGUUUUUUCUUGGCCAGGAGUGUCUCCCAGUGACCCAGUCGCCUGGCAACUGUUCCCUGCCAAGAAACAAUCUGGCACUUAGUUCUCUCAUUAAAAAUGGCAAAUUUUCAUUUUUGCACUUAUGUUAUUGUACAGAUUAAACUAACAAGAUGAACGGUAAUUAGCGAUCCUUAGAGGUGCUUGUAGGCAGAAUUUCUUACAUUUGGACAGACUCAAGCUAGCUGUUUCCAGUCUGUAUGUUAAGCUACACUGACUGGCUGCUGGCUGUAUAGCGCUAAAUUGAACAGACAGACAUGAGAGUGGUAUUUAUCUUGUCAUUGCACUUUUGGCAAGAAAAUUUGUAUCUCAUGUCAAACUACUCUUUUAACCCCCAUCUGGGACCAGCUAGUUCCAACAAAGGAACAGCAGUACUCAUCAAAGUCCAAUUCAAACUAUCAACCAGCUUAAGCCGAUUGUUUUUGCUAGUGGGAAAAAUAUCUUCACUUUGUGAGUAAUGUUAGUUUGUUGACACACCUCAUUUGAGCAUCACCUACUUUAUCCAGUAGAAACCAUUGUUACUUGUUACUGUAACAUUAAGGACUUUUUUUUCUAAAAUUAGAUAGAGAGACCAAAAUCAGAAGGCCUAAAGACAAUGGCGGUUUUCCCUUCCAAUAAACCAACACUUUUUUUCUCAAGGAACCAAAAUAAAUUGGGCUUUUGGGACAUUUGUUUUGUACCUAUAAUGUUAGAAACUGGAUAUAUACACCUGUUACUAAUUACUAUAACAAUAUAUUUCUAGACCCUACUUACAAAAAUAGCAUUGUUUGCAAGCAAAACUUUUGCCAGUGGAUCACCAUAAUGGCAACAAGAAAAGCAGAAUUGAGACUUAGUUUCACAGCCUCUCCAGGAAAUUUAAAGUGGUGUGAUCAUUCUACUCAUAGGUAUGAAAUGAGAGGAUUAAAUGCAUUUAUACAGUGCAUUUAAGUGAUUGAGCUUAUUUGCAGAUGUGUCAGUGUGUCGAUCAUUGGUUCAGUGGUGUGUAGUUUUUUUUGCUGAUAGUUAACCUCCCUCAUCUUUUAGCCAAGAAACAAAUUGCAGUAUGUUUGUGAAGUUUAGAACCAACAUGUGCUGAGGUCGGUUUUGGAAGCUCUGCUGGAUGGAAAGUAAACAAGAGUGUGAUAAGUGAUUUCUGCUUCAUUACCUCUUUGUUGGGUAACUGGUUUGAGUGCAGUGUCCCAUCUUUGAGGGUGAUUGACAAUUCAAUUCAUUAAAUAAGAAAACAGGAUUUACUGCAACAUACAAAAGAUCCUAAAUGCAAUCAUGUGAGACUCAUUCUUAAAAAGAUCCAUGCUCCUAAUUUCUUAGUAAAUGAAUUAGACCUUUUGUUUACACUUUGAAUUGAGUGAAUUUAUGAGUAAUUUACUCACCAAACCUGGUGUUUAAUAGAUAUACAGUUGUGACAGUUUACAGAAAUAAGGCAGAUAAUGCUGUCUGGACAAACAGGGAGCAGAAUUAUUUCAAUCUACAAUGGAAAAUAUUCACACCUGCUUUGUUUGCGGAUUUGCUUCCAGUUUACAACAUCAUAGAUCACAAACUUAGAGCAGAAUGACAAUUUCUAUAUUUUAGAUUAUAGUUAUCAGGCUGUACCACUCCCAUGGAGGACUGAUCCUGACAUAUUAAGAAAUAAAUACAUAAAUAAAUGCUCA